AUGGGUACACCAGCAAAGCGUGUCACUUUGCAAGAAGACGAUAAAGGUUGGUCCAAUGCUGCUUGCGACGUGCAUGAGCAUCUCGCCCUCGCAGGUGUGGUGUGUGCUCUCCUUACGAGGGCUGGUGCGUGCGCAGCCUCGACGGCCACGGGCGUGCGCGAUGCAGACGACCAAGAGGCGCCUCUGGAUGAAGAGGAUCGUGCGCAGCUUCAGGGCUUCCUGGAUGAUGAUACGGAACAGGAGCGUCGCGAGCAAGAACAAUACGCCCGCGGGCUCAAGCUGCUACUCGACAGUUUUACGCCUGAGCAGCACGAGCGGCAUGCUAUUUACCGCCGCUCCAAAUUCAAACCGAACAACAUUCGCAAAGUUAGCAUUGCUCCCAAGCAUCAUCGGCCAAUACAGAGCAAGCCAGGCCACUCGAUUGCUAACGCUUGA